AUGCUAUAUUACAAAAUAUGUGAGCCGAAUCAAUAUAUGGUGACCACCGGAGCUAUGAUUAAAGAUGUUAAGAUAAGCAAAAAGGGAUGGGUAUUACCUAGUCAACGAUAUCAGUUCUUUGAUAUCACCCCGGUCAAUUAUACUCUGGAUCUUACGGUGAUGAGUGCUGAAAAACUGGAAUUCAAUUUACCAGCAGUGUUCACUAUUGGGCCGAAGGAUGACGGAGAAAGUCUAAUCCGAUAUGCGAGAUUAUUGGCUGCCAAAGACACGAAAUCCGAUCAGAUUAUACGAGGUAUCAUUGCAGGUGAAACAAGAUCUAUUGCGGCUGCGAUGACUAUGGAAGAAAUUUUUUUGGAAAGAAAGCAAUUUAAACAACACGUAAUUGAGAACGUUCAAGCUGAACUCGACCAAUUUGGUCUUCAUAUUUACAACUGUAACGUUAAACAGCUGCAAGAUUCUCCUGGAUCUGAAUACUUCAAAUACAUGCGUAUGAAAACUCACGAAGGUGCCGUAAAUAGCGCAAAAGUCGAUGUAGCUGAGGCACGUUAUCGUGGUGAUGUGGGUGCCAAAGAACGAGAAGGCAAAACACGUUGUGAAAAUGCACAAAUCGAAGCAGAUACAAUAGCUAUUGAAAAUGAGCUAAAAGCUGUGAUUGCUGAGGCUGAAAUGAAUUUAUCCACAAAGAAAUCAGAGUUUGAACGGAAAACCAAAAUCGCUGCUAUUGAGCGUGAUCAAGCUGCAAAGAUACGUCAGUCGGAACUCCAGAAAGAAGUUGAAACACUUCGUAUGGCGUCCGAGACGGAACGGUUACGUGUAGCUAUGGUAGCGAAAGCUCAAGCCGAGAAAGAAGCUUCUAAUACCGGGGCUGAUUCGUUACUCUACACAAAACAAAAAGCCGCCGAAGCUGAAUUGGUUAAGAGACAAAAAGAAUCUGAAGGUCUCUUGUCUUUAUAUAAUGCUCAAGCGGAUGGCGUAGAAAAUCUUAUGUCAGCCUUUGGUGAUGCAUCUUCGGCAGUUCAAUACAUUAUGAUUGAACGCGGACUCUUUGCACAACUGGCUAAAGAGAAUGCGGAAGCUGUAAGAGGGUUGAAUCCCCAAAUAACUGUUUGGAAUACGGCUGGUCAGGGAACCGCGAAUAAUCCAGUGGCUAAUCUCAUACAAAAUCUUCCACCAUUGCUUUCAACUAUCCAAGAUCAAACUGGCAUUUCGCCGCCAUCGUGGCUCGCUGAUAUGUCAAAGACCACCAGCUAG